AUGGAAGGUCAGUCAGAUGAAAGUCUUAAAUCUCAAAAUUAUAAUUUGAAAUCUCCUGCAGAUUUUGAAUAAGCCUAAAAGCAUGGGGUAUUUUAAUAAGUGUUAAAAUGAAAAGAAAUCAAUAACAAUUUAUCAAAGCAUCGUUGAAGACACUGAAAGAUGCGUCUGCUGCAAUAAUCCGAUCCAAACUGUUCCAUACUCAGUUUCAUGCAAUUUAAAAGUAUUUAGCCAACAUGGCUAUUCAUACAAAUAUUUUAACUAUAUCAAAUUAAACUUUAUAUUAUUAGUCAUAGCAUUGUAUGAUAUUACUUAUAAAUAGCCUUAUUUUUGGAGUAUAUAAUAUUCAAGAGAAUCUCAAAGGGGAUUAAUGUUAACAACAUCAAGAUUGCAAGAAAAAUUUAAAUAAUUAUUUAUCUCUUCUAAAUAGAAUGGAUGGUGAUGAGUAUAUAAUUAUAUAAGAUUUAUCAGGUUUCAAGAUAUCUAUCUAGAUGUCUUGUAUUUUAUAGCAGUAUUAGUUUAAAUUUGUUUUAUUGGAUACAUUACUUAUUAUAAAAAUUAUUGUCUAAAUGUAGACAAUGAAUAAGAUUUAGAGAAGGUCAUAAAGUAUUGUUCUGUCAAAGUGUCCUAAAUACCAAUCAAUUGGAAUAGGGAAAAGAUUUAAGAGUUUUUUAGUAAAGGAAUUUUGGACAAAAAACCAAUAACAUAUAAUAUUUUGGAUAUAUGUUUGAUAUAUGAUCAAUACUAAUUAGAAUAUUAAUUAAAAGAUAAGAUUAGAUCAUUAUACACAAUAUAAAAUUAUAGCACGUAUAUUACUUAUGUGAAAUAGAUCUUUAAAAGAGGUGAUAUGCAAAACAGUUAACCUUCAAAGUGUUAUUUUAGAUCAAACUUUAUUAAAGUUUAAUGGGACAGCAUUUAUUACAUUUUCUAAUCAAGUACUUAUUUACUUUAGCAUGAAAAAUAGGCUGAGUUAAUAAAAUUUGUAAGAUAUUUCAGAUGGGUCUUUAUACCUAAUUCAUUCAAAUUUGAAUCUCCUCCUAGACCAUCAGAUGUAAUUUGGCAUAAUGAAUCCUCAUUUUCAAAUUUAGAAUAUAUAAAAUUAAUGUUCAUAUGUUUAGGUUGGCUUCCAAUUAUUGGAAUUUAAGUGGCAAAAUAAAUUAUCUUGCAGAAAAUGGUACAACAUCAUAUCAAAACACCUUACUAAGUUUAACGGUUUCGUUGUUAUUAUAUAUCUUAACUAAAUUCUGUGAAAAGUCAAUACAAUAAUUCUUUAAUUUGAAAGACUUUAAUUCUAAUCGCCAGAAGAGGAGAGUAUUUGUACUGUUUUAUGAAACUAUUGUAAUUUAAUAUUUUUAUUUAAUUCCUCCAAUCUUUGUUGGGGUGUAUUCAGGAAGUGGAACUAGGCAACAAAAGCUUUGGAGACCAGGAGGAUUAAGUGAAGAUUUAUUAUUCAUCUAACUAUCAAACGCAAUCUUUCCAAUCAUCUUCAGCAUAAUAGAUGAGACUUAUGUAUUACAACUAAUAAAAAGAUAUUGGUUUAGAAGAAUUAAGAAGGAUUCAGACUUAACCUAAAUAGAGGCAGAUUAAUUAUAUGAACGUCAACUUGAUUAUUAGAAAAAAAGACUAUCAAUUACUUAACUGGUUUCAAUAUGCUGUUACUAUGGGUAUAUUUAUCCAAUCUGUUAUUUUAUUACAAUCUUAGCUCUCAUUGUUAUCUAUUGGAUGGAAAAAUAUAAUUUUGUAAGGAAUGGCGUAGGUUCUAGAACUUCAGCUAAAUUUCACAUCUCAAGAUACAAUUUAUUAGCAUUUUUAUUAUUUGAAUUGCUUUCCAAAUAGAUUUUUCACAUAGCAUUUUGGCAAUUUGAUUAUAAAAGUGCUACCAAUUACAUCUAUGCUUUAUAAUAUAUGUUUCUAACUUAUGUAAUUAUAACAAAAAAAGAAUGUAUUAUUAAAAAAAGAACCCAUAGAAAUUAUGACGAAAAGUUACUUUAAGAAUCACUCAAAUACUAUGACACUUAUUCAAAACAAAAUCCAAUUAUAAACCAGUUGUUUGAAUAAAAUUAGGAAGCAAUUUCAUAAUAGUACAAAUAUUCAAGAUAAGAGAAGUUCUACGCAUAACUUCAAUUAAAAUUGUAUAGGGAAUUAUAAUAAGAAUAUGUAUUUAAAGAUAUAUUUAUUAAGAGUUCUAAAGAUUCAGUCAGAAUACACCCUACGGAGAUCGUUUCCCUUAGAUUUUAAGAAUAAUGA